AUGCCCACCCACCCCUCCACAGCAUCAGCGUCGCUGUCUCGAGACGCCGGGUCGGCGGCGAAGAAAUUCCGAAUGGAGGUGAAGACGCUGCGAGCCCAGGUCGCGGUGCUGGCCGGGAUUUCGGCUGGCGGCUGCAUAGUUGGCGAUGUUGGUUUCGAGACAGACGUAGAUUGCACGGACUCAAGUUUAGACGAUGAGGACAUGGGUAGAGCCUUUGCUCAGUGA